AUGGACCAGCUCAGGAGAUUGAUUCAAGCAGAUGCCAAAGGAAUACUGGAAAAGAUACGAUUGCGUUUAAUAAAGAAACUGCUGCCAGAUUUGGAUGACAGAAGGAAGUAUCACGAGGAGUUUUCCUCAUCCACUUCAUUUCAUGGUGUGCAUAACGUGGUCCACACGCAGAGCAAGGCUCGCAGGGCGCUGUGGCUGCUGGUGGUGGCAGGCUGCCUUGCCACUGCUGUCUGGCAGAUCUGCAGUCGCUUCAUCUACUACUUCAGCUGGCCAACCACAACCACAAUGGUGGUUCAGUACGUGGAAAAAAUCAAAUUCCCCGCUGUCACCUUCUGCAACCUGAACAGGUUUCAAGCUGAUGCUGUGAGCAACCUGAAAGUAAUUUUUUCAAUUUGGAACAUUGUAUCUGCAAUUCUCCAAAAAUUUGCUAUGGAAGAAAAAUAUUCCCAGGAGUUAAAUGAUUUCCUUCUUGGGAACCAGAACUUCAGCAUCAAAGACUUUACAAGGAAAAAUGGGUUUUAUCUGAACAGCAGCACAUUGCUAGAAUGUGAUUUUUUUGGAAAGCCAUGUUACCCACAGGAUUUUGAACAUGUUUUCACUGAAUAUGGAAACUGCUUUACUUUUAAUCACAAUGAUCUUUCAGCAAGAAGAGUGAGUUUGUCUGGAAGAGGCUUACAUUUGCUUUUUGAUGUCCAGCAGGACAAAUUCACUGAUGAACCUACCCUUGGUUAUACUGAUGCUGGAAUAACUUUUGCUGUCCACCCACCCCAAGAGCUGCCACGCUUUGAUGGUUUAGGUUUGCUGACACCAGUGGGGAUGCACGCGCAGGUCGCAAUCCGCCAGCUGAAGUCAAUUAUCCAAGAAUACCCAUGGGGAGAGUGCAAGCCUGAUAUAAAGCUUCAGUACCACAAGAUUUAUAGUACUAAUGGAUGUUUGCUGGAAUGCAAAGCCCGGUACAUACAGGACUGGUGUGGCUGUUUGCCAUUCAUUCUUCCAGGAAAUGGAACAGAAUGUGACUUGCUGAAGUUUUACAAAUGUGUUUAUCCAGCAGUCUAUAAUAUAGAGAUAAAAGGAUUAUGUACAGUAGGAACACACAAUUCCACUUGCCCUGCCCCAUGUGAAGAAACAGAUUAUCCUACCACUGUCACCUAUUCCAACUUUGGAGGAGAAACAGCCAUAAAAUAUUUUUCUACAAAACUGAAGAAAAGCUCAGAAUACAUCAGGCAAAACCUUGUGCGAAUUGAGAUUAAAUAUCAUGAUCUGAGCUACAAAAUAACACAGCAGCAGAAGGCUUUGACUAUCUCUGAGUUGCUUGCUGAUGUAGGUGGCCAGCUUGGAUUGUUUUGUGGUGCCAGUAUGAUUACAAUCAUAGAACUGCUAGAGUAUAUUUUUACCAACUUCUGUUGGAUGUGCAUCUUUCUUCUUUUGAAAGCUCCUGAAAUGCCUCAAUGGAACAAUCCAUCCCAGAACCAACCAACACAUAAGGGAAAAAAGAGGGGAAUACAAGAAUGUUAAUGGCUUGUAGAAGUCUGGAAGUAAUUGGUUUUGC